AGGGUAGUUAGGCGUCGCCAGCUUGACCAAUACAGUGCCCGUCGCCGCCCGCUGUCGAAGAAUACAAUGGGAAACUAGGCCCUGGUUUUGAUUACUCUGUUGUCGAUUCCUCCUUACAAAUACCCAGCAGCAGCAAUCUUCACCCUUCAAUUCCUCAAAACACCCGCCGCCACCGGAAAAUCUCGAAACUUUCUCCCCAAGGAAAAAAGAAAAGAAAAUCCCAAUGGGGAAGAUCGGAUUGUUAGAUCUCGAGAGGCACUUUGCCUUCUACGGCUCAUACCAUAGCAACCCCGUGAAUGUCUUCAUACAUAUGAUGUUUGUUUGGCCAAUCUUCUUCAGUGCUCUUGUUCUUUUCUACUUCACACCUGCUCUCUUUGAUUGCCCGUUCAAGUGCCGCCUUGGCCUGGUCCCCAAUUUUGGGCUUAUUUUCACUCUACUCUAUGCUUUGUUCUAUGUCUCUUUGGAUAAGAAAGCUGGUUCUUUGGCUGCUUUUCUAUGUUUGAUAUGUUGGGUCUCUGCCAGUCUUCUUGCGAAGAACCUUGGGUUCUCUCUUGCUUGGAAGGUUGCUCUGGCAGUUCAGUUGUUCUGUUGGACGGGCCAGUUCAUAGGCCAUGGUGUAUUUGAGAAACGAGCCCCAGCUCUACUGGACAACCUUGUUCAAGCCCUUAUAAUGGCUCCUUUCUUCGUGUUGCUGGAAGCUCUUCAAUCAUUUUUUGGUUAUGAACCCUAUACGGGGUUUCAUGCAAGCGUGAAAGCAAAGAUAGCAGCUGAAAUAAAAAAUUGGCAGGACAAGAGAGAGAAGAAAGGGCAGUAGUUUUCUUCCUGUUCAAGUGAACUUCAGCGUGCUUCAUGUCCCAAGUGAUGUUAGCUUCGUGUUGCCUUGCUACGGCCUACUGGUCAAACUGAGAAAAUAAACCAGCUUGUAAAUUCUCCCAACUGUGUACAUCAGAAAUUUGGGUUGUAUUUGGCUGUUUUAAGCUUCUUGGAGCAUGCCCCUUAUAGUUAGUGGACUGUAGUUAAUACACACACACACACACACACACACAUGAUUACAGUAAAUAAGUGUUCUAAGGCUCUUUUUUUAAAAAUAAGAUAUAUUUAUUAUAUCUUAACCAUUA